CUAUUAUUCCACUCCACUUAUUCCCAGUCCAGGAAAAGUCCGUUAGUCAAAGCGCAGAAGAGACGCAGCGAAGAGAUGCUGUCCACCUGAUCAAAGCGCUUCAGUAUUUUGGAUCGAUUUGAGAGAGAGAGAAAAACUUUGGAUAGAAACAUUUGGAGACGCAAGAAAAAAGAAAAGAACAGAAAAGAAAAGAAAAGAAAAAGGUUCAGAGUCGAAAACUUUGGUUAGAAGAAAGGAAAACCUAAGACUCUGGAGAGGAACGCAGUCUUUCAAACAUCCCUCAACAGGUGCGCAGAUCUAUCUGAGGAAUAAAAGAGAUGGCCUCCGCGGCUCUGGAGAUCCUGGGUCUGACCCUGUGCGUCUUUGGCACGCUCUUGGAGAUGACCGCCUGCGGGCUUCCCACCUGGAAAGUGACCGCCUUCAUCGAGGCCAACAUCGUGGUGGCGCAGACCAUCUGGGACGGCCUGUGGAUGUCGUGCGCCGUGCAGAGCACCGGCCAGAUGCAGUGCAAGAUGCACGACUCCAUGCUCGCGCUCAACCACGACCUCCAAGCCGCGCGUGCGCUCACGGUCAUCUCGUCCGUCAUGUGCGUCGUGGGGCUGAUGGUGGUGAUCGCCGGCGCGCAGUGCACCAACUGCAUCAAGACGGAGAGCGUCAAGGCGCGCGUGGUGAACGUCGGAGGCGUCAUCUACAUCGUCAGCGCCGUCUUCAUGCUCGUGCCUCUGUGCUGGAUGGCCAACAACAUCAUCUCCGACUUCUACAACCCGCAGGUUCCGGCGGCCCAGAAGCGGGAGAUCGGCGCGGCGCUGUACAUCGGCUGGGCGGCCACCGCGAUGCUGCUGCUCGGGGGAAGCAUGCUCUGCUGCUCGUGUCCCUCCUCCGAGAGCUCAGGCUACUCGGCCAAAUACGCGCCCACCAAAAGAGCAACGUCCAACGGGGACUAUGACAAGAGGAAUUACGUUUAGACGCUGUUCGGACUCAGUUACACUGGCUGUUUUGUGCGGUCUUGUGUGUUGCACCUGCAGAUGUUUCGGUUCUUCUUUUUUUAAGCAUCUUGGACUACUGAUUGGAACGCCAAUCUUUUGAGGAUAGCCUAUGCAUUUCUGAAAGGUGGACGUUUUAUAAUAACUUUCAACAAUAGUAACAAACAUUAUGCAAUGCUUAACAGAUCAUCGCAAUGCUUUGAAAUAGUCCUGAAUCAUUCAUUUUUACAAUGUUCAUAUUUUAAUAUGCAUUAACUACUGAUCUGUUCAACAUUAUAUCAAUUUAUAUAUGCCCGUUUUUUGUUUGUUUUUGGACUGAUUGGCUGAAAUGUAUUUAAUAAUAACUUGAAGUAAAAAAAAUAUUGCUGAUACACUGUAAAAAUGAUUUUUCUAAGUAAAUAAAACACGUUUAAAAAGAAAAUGCUAUUUCAGUCUUUCACUUGUUUUUUUCUUUGUAAUAUUUACUAUCAGUUCCUGAGUUGAUACACGUUUUUCUGAUCAUUAUAAGUUGAUAUACUUAAUGUUCAUAUAACCUCAUGGGCAAAUGAGCAUAAACUAUGAUCUGUUAAGCAUAUUUAAUGUUUGUUUUCAUAAUGAAAGUUAGUAUAAGGUGUUUUGCUUUUGCUAAAAAUGCUGUUUCAAACCUAUUGAGGAUAUUCAUGAGUGAAAGAGAAGCUAUAAUCUCACAACAGAUCUCUUUUAGGUACCUGGAGAAGUUUGUAAGCUUGUAAACGUUUGUCAAAGACUAAAAGCAUUAAGUUAGUAGCUAUAGCUGUUGUGAUGUUUACUGAUGUGUUAGUGUGUAGAGGAAUCUGCUUCGGCACAUUUGCAGAGACUCUUGUUAAACGCUUGGAUUGUCAGGAGAAACAUCUGGAAAACUUAAGCGAUUCCUGACUGCUUGGUUAAUCGUAACUCACCCGUCCACAUGAUGCUCAUCAGAGCUGAAAUACAGUCCAGCAGGAUCUCUGUCUGCUUGGAAAUAGUCUGUUUUUGGGAAUAUCCUGCUGGUUAGUAUCUUCAUGGACGGGCAUCUUCAUGUUUCUUGAACUCAAGACCUCUACGUUCAGUUUAUUCAGCUUGUCUGAAAUGUUUAUUUUUUGUUACUUUUUUAAUUCUUGAAAUGAAUGUUGUUUGGAAUAAACAUUUACAGUUUUGACACAAA